AUGACGCCGCUGAAGGCGCUGUCCAAUCAGAAAUUUGGCGACGAGACUUUUGGAAGCAGUAAUGUUGGCCUUCUCACGGGUGAUUCUGCAGUGAACAAGGAUGCUCAGUUACUCACACUGUUCAAAGAAGCCACGCUGCAAGGGAUGAACAACCAUGUCUUUGUUGCUUAUACUUCUGUUGUUGCUACCACUCUACUCUUUCCUAUCAGUUUUUUCAGUAGAAAAUCAAGAGUGGUUCCUACACUUAGUUUCUCCAUAGCAUCCAAAAUGAUUCUCAUUGGGAUGAUUGGAACCUCAUGUCACAUAAUGUAUUAUGUUGGAGUUAGCUACAGUUCUCCAACACUUGCUUCAUCAAUCGCCAAUCUGGGCCCUGCUUUCACCUUCAUUCUUGCCAUUAUUUUCAGGAUGGAAAAGAUAGCUGCCAAAAGCAGAAGUAGUCAAGCUAAGGUAAUUGGAAGCAUAAUAUCAAUAGCAAGAGCAUUUGUAUUGACUUUGUACAAAAGCCCUUCAAUCAUCAAAGCUCAUUCCCAUGAUCUUUCCUUACCACUUCAACAACCAUUUAGCUUUCUUAAAUCUAGGGAUGCAGAUUGGGUCAUUGCUGGCACAUGCUUGGAAAGUAGGACUGAAUAUUUCAUUAAUCUCCAUUGUUUGCACUGUAAGAUACCUUUCUAA